CGCGGUCUCACUCCCCUGAGGAACUCACUGGGAUCAUUGCGACUUUCAUUGAAGUCUGCAGUUGCCAAGGCAAACCGCAGCCUAUUCAAGACGGUCACAUGACUUCUUUGGGAGUCAAAAUGGUCCGCGGGGGUCAGUGGGCAGAGAGAGAGAGCAGCAGACCCAGUGUAUGUGUAAGACUGUGAGGGGGGGCUGAUUGUAGUCGGCUUUCAGAGUGGGGAAAAAAAGAAAAUGACUUGCCGGGAGAGAGGACUUGAGUUGAAGACAUUUAGCGCGCCUGGGCACUGCGCUUGGAAAUGAAUGAAGACUUUCGCUGGCAAUCUGAAGAAGCCUGCAUCUGAAUAUCUUUGAUGCUUCCCUCACUUCUAAACGACUGCGACUUUUUAUUUUUUUUUAAGUCAAACUGCUCGAAGGUCCCUGUGUUUUUGUUUACGCUUCAUCACUGCAAAAGGUGAUCCGAAGAUAUGACUUUGUUGCGCUUUUCUUGUGCAGAGGGGAGAAACUGGAUGCGUGCCUUGGUCUUUUUCCUCUCCUGCAUUUUCACACAGAGCACAAAUAUGAGAUUGUAACACCAUAUGAGGUGAACCAUCAAGGCGUGUACAUCUCUCAUGAAGUAGCACACCAGCACAGAAGGCAGCGUCGGUCCUUGACCGCAGAUGACCGCUCACCGGACUCAGGCAGUGAAACAAUCCACUUCCGGCUGAGUGGUUUGGGGCAAGACUUCCACAUGGAGCUGAGGGCGGCUUCAGAGGGCCUGAUUGCACCUGGUUUCACCAUCCAGGUCCUGGGAAAGAACGGCACCAAGAGCCUGAGGGCCUACCACCAGGAUGACCUCUGCUUUUACCAGGGGUCACUGAGGUCCAGGGUCAACUCUUCAGUGGCACUGUCCACAUGCGUGGGGAUGUCAGGUUUGAUUCGAACACAGGACGCAGACUUCUUCCUCAGACCGGUGUCCCGCAGCCUUGCACAGAGGGAGAACUUCACGGCACCCGACAGUCACCAACCUCACAUCCUCUACAAGAGCAGUGGUAGAGAGUCCUGGAAAGCGCAGAGGCAUCCUGAGUCCCACGUGCUCCUGAAGAGAUCCACAGAUUACUCUCAUCACAAAUCAAUGGGAGGCUUGCCUUCAAAGACGGACUCCGUCGACAGAGAAGAAAAUCAACUCUUUCGAAACCAGCAAAGUUGCAUCCAGGGCUAUCACCAUGGCAACAGUAGUAGCAGAAUUCAAGAUGAGCGGCUGAAGCAUCGUGGAACCGGCCACCAUCAGAGUGAUUACAGACAUGGGGAGAGGCAGAGGCAACACUUCUGUGGGAGAAGGAAGAAAUAUAUGCCCAAACCUCCAGGGGAGGAUGUUUUUAUCCUCCCAGGUGAGUACAAGUUUAUCCCCAGGAACAAACGGGCCGUGCUGCAGAAGAAUCGGGACGGUCAGAAGCUCAAUGUGGAGACACUGGUGGUGGUGGACAGAAAGAUGAUGGAUAACCACGGUCACAAAAACAUCACCACAUAUGUACUUACAGUCCUUAAUAUGGUUUCCAGUCUGUUCAAAGACGGCACAAUAGGAGGGAAUAUCAAUAUCGUUAUAGUGGGACUUGUACUUUUGGAUGAAGAGCAGGAUGGCUUGGUAAUCAACCACCAUGCGGAUCACACACUAAACAGCUUCUGCCACUGGCAGUCAACCCUUGGAGACAGAGAAAGCCGACACCAUGACCAUGCCAUCCUCCUCACAGGACUUGACAUUUGCUCUUGGAAGAAUGAACCCUGUGAUACUCUUGGCUUUGCUCCAAUUAGUGGGAUGUGCAGCAAAUAUCGAAGUUGCACUGUCAAUGAAGACACUGGCCUUGGUCUGGCUUUCACCAUCGCCCAUGAAUCAGGACACAAUUUUGGUAUGGUCCAUGAUGGUGAAGGAAAUAUUUGCAAGAAGUCUGAGGGCAACAUCAUGUCUCCCACAUUAGCCGGUCAUAAUGGUAUAUUUUCCUGGUCUUCUUGCAGUCGACAGUAUCUCAGCCGCUUCCUCAAUACUGCCCAGGCUUUUUGCCUUUCAGAUGAACCCCGUGCGGUCAAGGAAUAUCGGUACCCUGAGAAGCUGCCAGGUGAAUUGUAUGAUGCGGACACACAGUGCAAAUGGCAGUUUGGGGAAAAAGCCAAACUCUGCACCCUUGAUUUCAAGAAGGAUAUCUGCAAGGCUCUGUGGUGCCACCGUUUUGGGAGGAAGUGUGAAACUAAAUUCAUGCCAGCUGCUGAAGGCUCUGCCUGUGGCCCUGAUAUGUGGUGUCGAAGAGGCCAGUGUGUGAAACAAGGGGACGACGGCCCGAGAGCUCAACACGGUCACUGGUCGGAGUGGUCAUCGUGGGCAUCCUGCUCGCGAAGCUGUGAGAGUGGAGUCACACAUCGAGAGAGGGAGUGUAAUAGCCCCAGACCUUCAUAUGGAGGGAAGUUCUGUGAUGGACCCUCCAGGACGUACAAACUUUGUAACACUGAAGACUGUCCACCCAACACUACUGACUACAGAGCACAGCAGUGCGCUGAAUUCAACAGUAAACAGUUCAGAGGGUGGUACUACACUUGGAGACCGUACACAAGAGUGGACGAUCAAGAUGUAUGCAAACUGUACUGCCUUGCUGAAGGUUAUGAUUUCUUCUUUGCCCUUGCCAGCAAAGUUAAGGAUGGGACUCUUUGCUCAAAGGGCAGCUCCAAUGUCUGUAUUGAUGGACUUUGUGAGAGAGUAGGCUGUGACCGGGUUCUGGGCUCCACGGCUGUGGUGGAUGCUUGUGGUGUGUGCAAAGGAGACAACUCCACCUGUAGCAUCUACAGAGGAGAGUACACAAAGCAGCAUUUUACUAAUCAGUAUUAUGGAGUGGUAACCAUUCCAGCUGGAGCUCGCAGCAUCCGCGUGAUGGAAAUGAAUACGUCCACUUCCUACCUGGCUUUAAGGGACUUUCGGAGACACUAUUACCUUAAUGGCCGCUGGACAGUGGACUGGCCUGGUCGACACUCUAUCAGCGGGACAACAUUUGAGUACAAAAGACCAUACAACCGACCAGAGAGCCUAAUGUCACCUGGCCCUACAAAUGAGACACUAGUGGUAGAGAUAUUGUUGCAGGGCUGGAAUCCAGGUGUGCGUUGGGAAUAUACCCUAAAAAAUACCAAUGAGAACGUGAUGAAGACUCCCAUCAAACACAACUACACCUGGGCCAUCAUACGCUCCCCAUGCUCAGCAACUUGUUCCGGAGGCCAUAUGAACACCAAGUCGGCAUGCUACAAAGACUUGAGGAUACAGGUGAAUGUUUCAUACUGUAAUCCCAGAUCAAGACCAGCUACUGGAGCGGUGCCCUGCAACACCCAACCCUGUCCUGCCAGCUGGUCAGUAGGAGAGUGGGGGGAGUGUAGCCGGAGCUGCGGAGGUGGGGCGCGGACACGACAGGUCCACUGUGUCCAGAAAACCAGCCACAUCCAUGUAGACACCCUGGCCGCCUCUCACUGUGCUGAGUCCAUCCCAGUGCGGAGACAGGCCUGCAACACACACAGCUGUCCACCAGUUUGGGCCGUCGGGCAGUGGUCACAGUGCUCGCGAAAGUGUGGUAACGGCCUGAAGAGGAGGACUGUUCAGUGUGUAAACACCAAUCCAGGUGUUCAGACUCACACGCUGCCCGACAGCGAGUGCGCAGGCCUGCAGAAACCUGCCAGUCAAGAAUCCUGCUUCAUCAAGCGCUGCCAGAAACAGCGAAAAGUCCAGUGGUUUGUCUCCACAUGGCAAGAGUGCUCAGCCUCAUGUGGUCGUGGUUAUCAGACACGCUUCAUCAAGUGUGCAGAGAAGGACACUGCUGGAAAAUACAGAGAACUUGCUGACAAGAAGUGCCACCAUGUUCCCAAGCCCACAGUUGAGCUCCACAGGCUAUGUGCACUGGCUGAGUGUUCCACCCGCACAACCCCGGCAGUCCACCGAUGGAGGACACCUCAGCACGCCUAUCCAUCUCAGCCCCAUCCUCACUCUCCUCUACCAGAGUGGCACUCAUCCUCGUGGUCUCGGUGCACAGUGACGUGUGGAGGAGGUGUGCAGGCCAGGACAGUUCAGUGUCAGGUCCACGGAAAGCCUUCAUCCGGGUGCUCCCUCCAUAAUAAACCCUCAUUGUCCCAGGCAUGCAACACUAAGUUCUGCCCUCUACCUGAGAAGAAAGACCUAAUGUGUAGGGACUACUUCAGCUGGUGCUACCUGGUGCCCCAGCAUGGAGUCUGCAACCACAAGUUCUACGGCAAGCAGUGCUGCCACUCAUGUUCAAAUUCAAACCUAUAAUUACACAAAGUGACUCAUAGCUCAUAGAUGAUUAGCUAGAGAGUCAAAAGACUAUAUUUGAUGCCCGUGCUUGAAAAUAUGUCAUUAUGUUCUAAGCAUGUGGCAAAGCACUGAGAAAAGAGCAUUUCAGUGGAUGACUUCCAGUCCCUUACCUUGUCCCUGUGAUGCCGGACAUCUGGAUGCAAGACUCUGAUUCCAACAGAGGUAAACAGAAAUGUGAAGAGAGGGAAACAAAUGCAGGAGAGAAUUUGGGGGGGAAAAAAACAUUUGGAUCUUGAUCAAAGUGAAUUUGACUGACAUGUCUUAAGGCUCUGAAAAUCUUAAUCUUUGUUUAUGUAUGCUACGCAACAGCACAGAUUAUUAUCCAGGACACAACCACCAACAAUGGCCAACCAGCACAGAUGAACUGUAGGUGAUGCUUCAUCAGCAUUUCCAGAUCUUAGGUCUGAAAACAAGAAGGGAUUUUUAAACCCCAAAGCUUUACUGAAAAAAGAAAAAUAGCCUGUUAGAAUAAAGAACUGCUUGCUAAAGGAGGAUAAAAAGAAGAAAAUAAUAAUAAAGGAGCCUAUUUUGCCACAUCAUAUGUCACAAAACUUUUUUCAGAUGAGUAAAGCUUUGAAACUGGCUUUUAUACUCAGUGGUGCUACGACUUUGUCACUUUGAUUUAAAAGGAUCAGUGCCCUUAAAAUUCAGGAAAGAACUAAUGAAUUGUGUGACCUGUGUACAUUACAGUAUUGUUUGUUUUAUUUAUUGGCUUUACAAUACACCACUGCUGGAAGACUGUAUUGAAAAGCAAUAUAAAUGUAUUGAUAAUAUUUUUUACUCGAACUCCAGUAGAUUAAUUUUGUGCCAUCUUGCAUCUCAAGCCGGUAAACCCACGCCUGUUUUAAACUUUUGAGGAAAACUUUUAUCACCAGCAAAUCCUGAGAGCAUGUGGUUUAAAAGAUUUUCUGGUCCAUAUGUUAUUGUUGCAUUAUUAUACGAAUCCAUCACAUAUUGCAUGCAUUUUUCUGGAACAAAAUAAUUUGCAUAUCAUUUAUGGUUUGGAAGCUCUUAAAGAUGGUAGAUUAAACAAUGUCAAUGUGACUUUUGCACAAGUUGAAUUAAAGACCAUUAACAAAUGGGCAUGACAGUAACACACCGAUUUGUUAAGCUCUAACUUUAACUUAAUUUCAUUUUCCAGGGGACACACACUUUGAAUAUUUGCAUCAUCAUAAUAGGGGCUAGGGACUAUUGUUUUGUAUUUCUAUACUUUAAUAUUCAGCCUUGUAACUUUCAGAUUUAACAGCUGUAAUGCAAGUUUGUACAUUUAAACAUUUUUUACCUCUGGUCUUUGCCUCCAUCCGCUGUUUUUCUUACCAGCACACAAAAUUUGAUAUUGUCCAUACCACAGAAAUCCCCAGCAUGCCUUUGUAUGCAUUAAAAUGUCUCCAGACAGAUAUAUUUUACUUUCUGUUGAAUUGAAGUACUGCUGUUACUCUCUUUAUAAUCAUUCCACAAUCCAUUAUUGAUAUUUAGAUCAAAUCCAAUGAUGAGAUGGAAUCACAUCAAUUGAAAAAGGAAAUAAUGAGCUAAAAACAUUUAGGGCUAUGUACUUCUGUGUGGGUCUGUUGGUAGAAACAACACUUUUCACCUAAAGGUACAGUGUAAAAUGAGCUAUUUCUGUAUUAAAGUGUAUACAAAGUGACAUGGCAAAUGGAAUUUAUUUG